AUGGAGAAACGCAUAUUCGGCACGAGGGGGGGAGUCGGGGGAGACAACGUGACAGACCGUGGCGGGGGCACCGGAGGAGUCGACGGGGAAAAGGCAGCGCGGCACAACAGCGCGCGUCUCCAGGAUCGCUGCUCGGAUGGUGGAGGUGGCGGUGUUAUUGUCGGCCCGGACGCCACUACGAUGCGGCCGCACUGCUGGGUGAUGGUCCUGCUGGCGGGGAUCAUGUCGUACUUGAGCCCAGAGAAAGCGCUCGGAGCCCCGCAAAGGGAAGAUGGUUCACUUCUGUCACUCGACCAUGUUGAGUCCAGAGUGGUCUCUCUGUCACCUCCGCCGUACGUGGUCAUCCUCAUCUCGUGUUCGGGGCUCGUGUCGUUCGUGCUGCUGCUGCUCACCUGCCUCUGCUGUAAACGAGGAGGAGUCGGAUUCAAUCUUAUUUGGUCUCUGCAGGAGUUUGACAAUGCAGAGGGCGAGGACUGCUCCGGAGGCUCCAGUCCGAUCCAGGAGGACAGUCUCUCCUCCUGCCCCUCGCUGCCCGAUGUCUACACCCUCCCCGUACGGGACCGGCCCGCCUGCCAGGGCCCACACGCACAUGACAUCUCCGAUGCAAGGUCUCAGAGCUUCAAACGGCACUCUUUGAACUACCUUCAGGAGAUUGGAAACGGAUGGUUUGGAAAGGUGAUCCUGGCUGAGGUGCUGUGUGACUGCAGCUCGUUUCAGGCCGUGGUGAAGGAGCUCCGCGUCAGUGCCAGUCCUCUGGAGCAGCGGAAGUUUCUGGCCGAGUCCGAGCCCUACAGGAGCCUGAAGCAUCCCAACAUUCUCCAAUGUCUGGGACAAUGCAGCGAAACAAUUCCUUACCUGCUGGUUAUGGAGUUUUGUCAGCUAGGUGACCUGAAGCGGUAUCUCCGAGCACAGAGAAAGUCGGAUGGAAUGACGCCAGAGCUGCCCACUCGAGACCUCCUGACUCUGCAGCGCAUGGCCUUUGAGAUCACCUCCGGCUUGCUGCACCUCCACGAGAACAACUACAUCCACAGUGAUCUGGCAUUAAGAAACUUCCUGCUGACGUCAGACCUCACUGUGAGAAUAGGCGACUAUGGUCUUUCUCAUAACCAUUACAAGGAGGACUAUUACUUGACACCAGACAAGCUGUGGAUCCCCCUGCGGUGGAUCGCUCCAGAGCUACUGGAGGAGUACAGAGGGUCAAUCAUAGUCACAGAUCAAACCAAGUCCAGCAAUGUGUGGUCGUUGGGGGUAGUGAUCUGGGAGCUGUUUGAGUUUGGCUCUCAGCCGCACAGGCACCUGAGCGACGAGGAAGUGCUGACGUUUGUGAUCAGAGAGCGGCAGAUCACACUGGCUCAGCCCCGGCUCAAGCUCUCCCAUGCAGAUUACUGGUAUGAGAUCAUGCAGUCGUGCUGGCUCCCUUCAACCCAAAGGCCCUCCAUAGCCGAGGUUUUCCUGCUCCUGUCCUCACUGCUGGCAGCUGAAAGAGGCACAUCCAGGGGCCAAGAUGAGGAUGAGGAAGACGAGGAGUUUGAGGGGGGCAGAGGAACACGAGGAGAGAGUGAGGAGUCGUUUGAGAGACGCUGGGAUCUGCUCCGGCCGCCUGCUUUUCAGAUUGCUGCAAACGAGCGACGUAGAGAAUACAGCAGAGACGAUAGGGACAACUCCUACCCUCUACUGGACCCUGUGGGGAACUGCAUCACGCCCACCUCCACAGAGCUUGAUGACAUCCUGACUGUGACCGAAACUAGCAAGGGCCUGAACUUUGAGUACUUUUGGGAGAAAGCGCACGCAAGGAGAGGCUACAAACCACUUCCUCCUCCUCAGCCAAUUCCGAACACAAGCAGCAACCAUAGACAGUCACUGGACACGCCCACCGUUGUACCGGUAAUAAGCGCUCGUAGCCCUUCCCUCGCGAGUGAAUACUACAUCAGACUAGAGGAGCAUACGCCUCAAGACAGGUCCCCAACUCUGAUAACAAAGCAUGCCAAUUCUUCUUGCCCUGGCGAUGUCGAGUUGGUUGAAAUACGCAGCGGGAUGCUUGGAAAAGAGCACAUUCCUUAUUGUUCGGAAAGAUGCGGGAGCGUAAAAGGAAUCAAGACAAUAAGAGCGAAUGAAAUACAAAUCCAGGUGCCUCGAACUGGAGUGGCAGAAUUUAGAGACAUGUCGAGCAGAGUGACGGAUUUCUCUAUUGUUGAUCUUGGCGAUGAUGAGGAAGAGGAGAAUAGUAAAAGCAAAAAUGUUGUAAAUAAACAAGCUCCGGUGCUGCCCCCAAAGCCUCGCUCUAUGUCCAUGUCCUCAGGCAGCCAACUCCACUCACGCCCACUCCCUGCCCCUCCGCAUAUGGGUUACAGAGGACUGCCCCUUUAUAAUAUGAGUGGUAAAAUUGAAACCGAUCCUCAUCACAUCGUCGGAAGCUGCCCACCGUUCGCUUUUGACCACCUGGGGUUUAAUCGUUCCAGACAAGCUUUACCCCCCUCGCCGUCACUUUCUCCAUCUCUACCUCCAUCCAGUCACCCUAUCUACCCUAUGUGCCCGCCACCCCUGCCCCCCCACUCCAAACAAGGCUACAACAACAUAGACUCUCGAUACAGAGUGCAAUCAACAAGAGACCCGCUAACUAGUGAAUUAUCUGAAUGCGAAGGAAACUUGAGGUACAACGCAAAAGAAGCUACUCACGCCCGCUCUAAAAACUUUGAAUCACCCAUGCGCCGCGCAAACCCGCUCCGUCCGAUUUACCGCAACAUUCCACGACCACAAAACCAAGACCUUGAACACAGUCAAUCCUCAUCAAGUCCGACUUACUCAGACGAGGAUGACUCCCCGUUUGGUUCGCCGGAUAAGUUUGGUGGCACCACAAUUGCGCACUCGAGUUUAUCUGAAGACGCGGACCCAUCCUCCUCUGAGCAUUUUUCUCGCGGUGGUCCCAGGUUGAACCCCUAUGCUUACACUUCCGAAGAGGCGUCAAGAAAAGAAGCAGAGGAGGCUUAUUCAAAAGAAAUCAUGCCAAAAAACGGGCUUCUGCACAACCAAACAAUCUCCAGUCCGGACCAAGACGAUGAAUGCUCAGAGGCGCCUGCGUUACCUGCCAGGGGAGAAGACGGGUGUAAGCAGCUCACGAACGACUCAGACACUGUUAUUAUGCGAAUGAAUGAGCUUCUCCUCACAAAUGACUCUCUUACAGAUAAUGAUUGGGACCGCUCCUCUUCUCUCAUGACUCCGUCUGACUCUGUCCUAUCGCCAAUGACCUCCAGUUCAGCAGGAGGUCUGACUCCCAGUGAUUCUUGGUCCGGGGGAGGUGGUGGCGACGGAGGUGCUGGUGGAGUAUGGAGACCUCUUGGGAGUGAAACACUGCACCGAGACUCAGCCUAUUUUUCAGACAGCGACUGGGAAGGAGAUGGGAGCAAAAGGGGCAACAACGAUGGCAGUAUGACGUCCAGGCCUUGCAACGGGAGAGGAGCGGGAGAGCGAGGAGCACUAAGCGGGAUAGAGGAGGAGAUGGUGACAGAAUCAUUCAAGGGCUCUCCACUACACAACGGGACAAUUCUAGCCUUCUCCACAAUAAAACCGCUCUGGAUAAAGACGUGA